AAAGAAAAUGAAGAUGUUGCCUUUCAGUACAGCACUGCGCUGCCUUCAUGGGAGUGCUGCUGGGUGCUGCUCCUUUCCUAAGAGCUCGUCCCGGUGUUACAGCAGGAGCGGGCAAUGGGGGACCAAAGGUGGGGGAAGGAAGGAGCCCAGGUUUCUCCUUGGAGGAGCAGCAACAGCAGGAGGAGAAGGGGAAGGAGAGCUCCGCCGCCCGAAGGGCCGAGGACGAGGAGGUGGGAGAGGACGAGGAGGCCGAGGCCGAGGCGCCGCGGAGCAGCGGGGCGGAGAUGGAGCGCCAGGUGAGCCGCUCCAGCCUCCAGCUGGGCCCUCAGCCCUGCGGCUCUCCGGCUCGCUCGGUGCCCGGCCGCGGAGCCCUGGGCCGUUCAGCCGCCUCCUGCCCUGCUCAGCGCAGCUCUCGUGAUGAAGACCCGACCGCCGAUUUCCUGACCUCUCAAGAAGCUGCUACGAAAAUCCAGGCUGCGUUCCGGGGCUUCUGCACGCGGCGACAGCUGCGCAGAGCCUUCUCGGAGCCCCCCCGCCCGGCCCCGGGCCCCCAGGACAGCCCGUAACCGGGACGGCUCCGCCGUGAGCGGGCGCCUCGCCCCCGUUUGGAAACGUCCUGACCCAGAAUGAGCAGCCGCGAUUGGAAAACCUACAUUCCCAUCCCAGGCGGCUUCGCGGGGCAGAAAAUUCUCUCUCGCGCUGCCGCCGAGGCACUUGCAUAAUGAGAACUU